UGACAGUCUUGGUCCGUUGCGGCAGCGCGGGGGACAGGCGGGCUGGGAGCGGGCCGCCACGGGGUCGGGAUGGAGGCGGCUGGAGCACGGAGCAGGGACGUGUUGGGGCGAGCGGCGAGUCUGCCUGGUGGCUGCGCAGAAAAAAUCCCUCCAGAGAGGAAAGUUUAUAUGGACUAUAACGCAACCACCCCCCUGGAGCCAGAAGUGAUGGAGGCCAUGACCGAGGCAAUGCGUGACGCCUGGGGAAACCCCAGCAGCCCCUACCCCGCAGGUAGGAAGGCCAAAGAUAUUAUCAGUGCAGCUCGGGAAAGCCUUGCCAAGAUGGUAGGUGGGGAAGCUCGCGACGUGAUCUUCACUUCGGGGGGCACGGAGUCGAAUAAUCUAGUCAUCCACUCUGCGGUGGAACAUUUCCGCAAGACUCACGCCUCAGUGGGGGACGCGGCCGAGCAUCACAGCCCGGUGGCGGGGGCCCUGCCCCACUGCGUCACCUGCCUCGUGGAGCACGACUCCAUCCGCCUGCCCCUGGAGCACCUGGUGGAAGAGCAGGUGGCGGAGGUCACCUUUGUCCCCGUGUCCAAGGUGAGCGGGCAGGUGGAGGCUGACGACGUGCUGGCGGCCGUUCGCCCGGCCACGUGCCUCGUGAGCAUCAUGCUGGCCAACAACGAGACGGGCGUCGUCAUGCCGGUGCCUGAGAUCAGUCGGCGAAUUCGGGCCCUGAACCAGCAGCGGGCAGCCCGCGGGCUGCCGGGCGUGCUCAUGCACACGGACGCAGCGCAGGCCCUGGGGAAGCUGCACGUGGAUGUGCGGGACCUGGGCGUGGACUUCCUGACCAUCGUGGGGCACAAGUUUUAUGGCCCCAGGAUUGGAGCACUGUACGUCCGAGGGCUCGGUGAACUUACCCCUCUGUACCCUAUGCUGUUCGGAGGUGGACAAGAACGGAAUUUCAGGCCAGGGACAGAGAACACCCUGAUGAUUGCCGGCCUUGGGAAGGCAGCGGAGCUGGUGGCGGAGAACUGCGAGGCUUACGAGGCCCACAUGAGAGACGUGCGCGACUACCUGGAGGAGCGGCUGGCGGCUGAAUUUGGUAAGAGAAUCCGUCUGAACAGCCGGUUCCCAGGCACCGAGCGGCUCCCCAACACCUGUAACUUCUCCAUCCAGGGACCCCAGCUCCAAGGCCGCUCGGUGCUGGCACAGUGCAGGACGCUGCUGGCCAGCGUGGGGGCUGCAUGCCACUCGGACCACGGAGACCGGCCGUCCCCGGUGCUGCUGAGCUGCGGUGUCCCCUUCGAAGUGGCCAGGAACGCCAUCCGGCUCAGCGUGGGCCGUGGCACCACCCGGGCCGAGGUGGACCUUGUCGUGAGGGACCUGAAGCAGGCAGUGGCCCGGCUGGAGGGCCAGGCCUAGCGCCGAGGGCGGAGCCAGGAUGGGUCGUCCUGCCCUGGAGCGAGAGGGCCCCAGGCUCCCUCCUGUCUUGGUCCGUGAGCGUGGGCCUGCAGGGCGCACAGACCCCACCAGUGCUGCCGGGCUGACGCUCUCGUGGGACUGUCAUUGUCGCCGCUGCCGGCGGUGCCGUCUAAGUGGAAGCGCCCUGGCUGCAUCCGCGCUCCUUGCUGGGAGGCGCGGCGAGCUCGUCAUUAGUGCCCUCUUCCUGGGAGGCGGCAUUUUUAUCCGAAAGAUAAAAUCCUAGUAUUUUACAAUCGAUGUCAGUUGCUAUCAUGAACAUAGGAAACCUGAGUUUUGGCUGCGAUCCUGGCCUGCCGUACAUGUCUGCAGGGGCCAGCCUCUCCUCACCCUCAGGACCCGUCUCAAGCCCCCCACUUCCCGGGCCUACCAUCCUGACGAGGCCAUGCCGCUCAUUCAGCCGUCGGUCACGGGGCGCCUCCCCACCCAGUGCCCAGGCCCUCCCGUCCUUCCCUUUUCAAUCUCAGGGCUUCAGCUCAGCCUCAGGUCACGGGGGCCGCUGCUCAUGUGAUUCUGGGUCCCCCCUGAGGUGGGGAGUCUUUCACUCCCCCUCAGCUUCCGUCUCGGCUGUACUGGCAGAAGGGUGCUUUGGUCCUCGCGAGUGCUUUGUGGUCUGCUUCACAUCAGACGGCACGUCUUACGGAGACGCUUACAUAGGAAUGAGUUUUUAAUUGAGUAAUGCUUUUAACGCGUAGUUUUAAGGGGCAGAGAAUUAACGACAUUGAAGAAACAACUGUCAGAAAUUAAAUGAACUUACAAGUGA